AUGUUCAUACAAUGAGGGUCUGUGUAUUGUAGUUCCGCUAUUGCCUCGGUGCACCACACGGACAAACGAUUGUCAAUGGACUAUUUGAGACGGAUCUCAAUCGGUUUAUGCAACGGCUCCCCGCGUUUCGGCUGCGUGGUUUUUGACUUGUAAUUUGCAACCAGAUCCUUUUUAUCCGGUGGAAAGAGAAAAGACAGAGAGAAAAGGACUAAAAUGCAAACAAAAAUGCCGUGAGUCUCGAAGUUUAGUGGGUUUUGUGUGUUGGUAGAUUCUCCUAUUUUAGCCACCAGUCGCUCACUUUGAAUGUGUAGUUGACAGUCUUACUCUUUUCUUGACUAUUAAAUAAGUGUGGCACAUUUCAGAUAAAGUAACGUGCCAUUGUGGGGAUGUAGGCUACCCGUUGGUGAAACUGAAGUUGUGCGUGCCAUGGUUUUGAAUCACCCAAUGGACUCAUAUUGAAUAUAAUUUAUCUGUGAGCAGAGGUCGUGUCGUUAAGCAAGAGUGAAUUCAUUCCAGCUGUGAAUCCAUGAGCCUUUCAUGUUUGUAAAUCAUUUCAGUUUUAAUUAUAAGCUGACAUAGUAACACCCCUGAGGAAGAAGUCACUAAUGAAAUUCUGCAACAUUGGGACUUUUGAAUGCCUCUGUGGAUCCUAGUACGACUUUAUACUGACCUUAUCUCACUUUAGGCAAGUGUCUUUUCAUCUUUAACAUAAUUUCUAUCAGUUUGGCGAGAUAACUGAGCGACGUAUCUUUAAACAAAUAUCACAGGCUACAUCGUCUUUCUCCCAAGUGAUUUUGUGCGUGCGGAGGGGUAUUUUUCUUUCCACAUGGGAUCAUAGCUCAGUCCAUACGUCUCGUUUUCUUCCAUGCCCGUACUGUGGUCCAUUAUAAGCUCAGUGGACCUCAGUCUCUACAAACUUGUCGGGGACCUGCGGGCAUGGGAGAAGCGACCCCUGCUCAGUCUGCUGCAGGGGCUUUCGUACCCAUGUUGGGUGUCGGUUUAGGAGCUAUGCCCGGUGGGGUCGGCGGUGGGCCGGUGGUGGCCACCUCCAGGGGCUCCGCGGUUCCACAGCUGCACAACGCCAUCGUGGAGCGUUUGCGCGCCCGCAUAGAGCUGUGCAGGAGGCACCACUCCACCUGCGAGAACCGCUACCAGAGGGGGCAAGCCGAGAGCUCGGACCGGGAGCACGAGAGUACGCUUCACCUGCUCAACAUAGUCCACCAAGGGCCGAACCGUAAGGUAAAAGGGAGCCGGGGAUCGAACCAACAACCUCCAGAGUACAGCAGGGCCAACGGGGAGCAAAAGGGCUCAGAGGGCGAGCAGAAGAUUUCCACGCGCAUAGCGCUCCAAGGAUCUUUGCGUAGGAAGAUUGAAGGACAUGCACCAGGGCACGCACCUAAGCAGAAUGGGCUCCCCUGUGGUUUCUCUGGCUCAGACUUUAAGAGGGUGCGUGUGGAUACUGGCGGUCUGGGACAUGGGCCAUGCAACCAUAACCUACCCCAGUCUCAUUCUCUGCAAGGCUCCUCCACCAUGGGCAUGCAGAGGAAGAAUUACAUGAUGCCCCAUGGAGUGGGGUCAGAUAUAUUCAAUAUGACCCUAAAAGAAAUGAAAAAAGAGCCCAUUGAGGUCCAGUCUUGUGGCCAGUCCAACGCAGAGAUGAUUUUUGACUUCAAAGAUGAGAGUGGUGGUCAGAUUGACCCAGAUCUUCAGGAUCUUUUUGAUGAGCUGACAAAGACAGUGCCAACACUGAAUGACCUGGAGUUUGAGAAGAUGCUGAAGCAGGAUGAUACGUUCGGUUUGGAUCUAGGCCGGCCGAGCUCAGCAGGAGCAGCUGCUACUCUGUGUUCCCCACUGGAUAAGCCAAUAAAGAUGGAGCACUCCCCAGAUUUUGGCCAGGUUCAUUGUGGCUCGCCACAGCUCCGGCCGGCCUCAGCAGGACCCUCUUUCACGUUGACCAGCACCUCUUCUACCAACACGUCACAGAAAGCUAACACCCAGGCAGGACACCCCAGAGCCCUGCCCUGCUGGCCAGAAAUAUCCCACGCAGAGCAGCUGAAGCAGAUGGCAGCCAACCAGCAGCAGCCGAGCUCUCUGCUCCAUCACCACCACCAAGCACCACCUGCAGGAUUGACCAGCUGGGCCUCUGCCAUGAGCACCCACUCCUCCACCAGCGCCUUCCCCCAGGACAAGGUCUCUGGCCCGGCCGCUCUUAGCCAGCAGAGGAUUGGCCCUCAAAGUAAAGGGAUCAACAACUGCCUCUUCAAGUCAAAUGGCCACAACGGCUCCCAUCAUUUGGACAUGAAGGUUCUCAGCACCAAGCCCACGUUGCAUUUCAGCCCUAAAGCACCCCAUUCUGCCAGCCAGCCAAUGCCUAUCAUGGCAAGCUCAGUGAAUAAGACGUCAGCCCAGCAGCAGCAGCAGCAGCAACCGUCGACGGGCCAGAAUCAGCCGCAUGCAGCUCUCCACUUCCAGAACCAACAGAUCUCCUCGUCAGGGGGUCUCUGCCUGCAGCCCAAGUCAGUUCCUGCAGGGCUGCCAUUCAAACUGGCACAACAGCGUCAGGGGGUCCCUCCUGGUCCGAGGCUGCCCACCAAUGGAAGCUUAGGAGUCAUGUCAGCCCAGUCGCAGCCACGGCUCCCAGCACCCAACAACCAGCAGAAAGGCCCGGUCAAAACUCAGGCAAUGCAGAGACAGCUUAAUCAACAACAGCACAACAUUAGCAACUCAGACAAAGACAAUGCACACGAUCAGUUCAACCGUCAUCUCACGAGACCGCCACCUGACUACAAGCAGUCAAGAAGUAUGGUGGGAGUCCAGCAAGGAAACAUCUUCACAGCUCAAAACUCCUCCCAGUCAUCCAGCAACGGCCCUGAGAAUGACCUCCAGUCCAUGUCUUGUCACCUCCCAAGUGGGACCGGCUCGAAGAUGAGCCCUUCGCCAUCGGACCGCAGAUUUGGUAUCGGGACCGACUGCCGUCCAAGUGCUUGUAUCGGCCAAUUUCAGCAGCAUAGCAAUCAGAAUCGAAUUGGACUAAAUCAAAAUAAACCUAGGUUCCUGGGGCCGAACACACAUGGGAAUUCUUUUGGGAUGAACAAUGUAGCAGGUGUACAACACCCGAGAACGACAGCUGACCUGCAUUCCUCAGGGGUACCAGGGCAGGGUCUGGGAGGCUUGAUGAAAAAUGUCAACAUGGGCUGGGGCUCAGCCAACAAGCAAGUGACAACUGGACUCGGUGUAAGGCGACUACCCAAUCCACUACAGCCUCAGGGUGCACAACUGGACAUGCCAAACCACCCGUAUCAACAGAGGCACAUCGGCCCUCCCAACCAGGUAGCACCAGACAUUGGGAUGCUCCCUCUGAACCCUUCAUUAAGAGACACAGGCCCAAGAGCAAGCCAGCCAAUGAUGGGAUCUCCAUCAGCAGUGGGGAACCUGAACCAGGCCUCUCCUGAACAGAGGGUACCAGCAGGAUCUUUUGCAGAGCCCAGUCCGAGCGCUAGCAGCUACCAGAAUAACCGGGCGAACCGACUGACCUUUGACUUCCUCCCCGAGGGAGACAACACAGUCCCAGGGAUCAACACAGACUCAGACUUCAUAGACUCUCUGCUCAAGUCUGGCUCUGGGAAUGAUGAUUGGAUGAAAGAUAUAAAUUUGGAUGAGAUUCUGGGCAGUCAUUCGUAAAUUUGGGUCACAGAUUACUAAAAAAAAAUCAGACUGCAGCUAAAAGUACAGAGGUUACAGAUGUAAGGGGAAACAUUUGUAAAUAAUGUUAAAAUGGAAUUUUAUAAACUCAUAUUAUUUGUUAUCCAAGUAUACUGUAUUGUUUUGUAUUGUAUUUACUGUGAACGGAAUUUGUGUUCUGUCCUUAGUACUCUGCAUAUUUUAUUCCUGGUAUAUUGGCCAAGAAACUACUUUUCUUUGCAGUUUUUGUGGUCUGUUCGUCAUACUCAUGCUGUAGUGCUGUCAUAUAGGAUAAAAUACCAAAUUCACACUGUGAAAAGAAAACAUUGCUUUGUUGCUUUCAAGUUCAUCUUGGUAUUCCAAGUUAAGUUUCUAAAUCUGCAUCCACUAUUUAGCAUGAUAUGGUAUUUACCUUCAGAAGUUUUGCUACCAUACACGCAAAGAAUCUUGCCACAACAAAUGUUUUCUUACUCAUCGUUCAAGCUUUUUCAUCUGUGGUAGUUUUUGAUGCAAAUUAA